AUGAUUGCAGCUUACGGGAUGCUACUCCUACAUGAAGCCCUGACAGCUUUGGGAGAAGAGUCUGGCUAUCUAGCAGAAGCAUUGCGAAUUACAGCAGCGGUUUGCGAGAGUCAUAUAAAUCCCCAUGCCAAGUUUAUUGUUCAGAAGGAGACCAUCAAAACGGUCGAACAUGGCGCGAUGGAGUACGAGGCGCAGCUCGGAGUUGAUGUCGGCGAAGUCGAGGCUAUUCUGAGUGGUGCCACAAUCAACAACUACGAGUUUGCGCCGCGCCGGUGGGCAAAUCACUCGCUAGUUUAUGCAGACUACUUUUUCCUUCUGGUGGGAAAUAAGCUGCUUGAGAUGGGUCUAGGCCCGUUCAUUGCAGAGGGGACUGACCAGCUCAAGAACAAUGGUAACGGUAUAGUCAAUGGCAAAGCAUGA